CAUGGGUUAACCAUUAACUAGUAUGCACUGGGGUAUAUUAAUAUGGGUGUACUUUGACCGCUGUGUUUGCUGAGACCGAACCCAGGCAGUGCUUAAAAAUAUGGAUUACAACCAUUUGUGUCAUCAAAUACGACAUGUCAAUUCAUGCUAAGUGGAGAUAUCGGGGAGUCACACUGCGUGACGUGCAGCAUGUGUGUAUAUCACGAGAUUGCAUGAUGAUACGACCAGGUCGACCUCGGAAUCCGGUUCACUUGAAAACGCUGCGCCCGUGCGGUUUUUCCUGCUCAAACAUCAUUCACACUCGCGUUGUUGACAGCUGGAGUCACUUCCCUGGUUUCUAGUCUUCCAUUGGAGUAAAGUAAUUCAGACAAGGAAUUCCCCCGUUGAUACAACACAAGCCAGACCAAGGUAUAUCCAUCACCAUGGGGCGUAAGACAGAACCCUUGCGCCAGGAGACAGCACAGCAGCCACCGCCCCCCUACACCGUCAACCAACAGAUGAGAUACCCCGAAAUGAGAGAUCAAGGUUACUAUUUACAGAGUGUUCCCCAGCAACCCCAGCAGCCUUAUGGCAGACCACAACAACCGCUGCCACAGGCACAGCAACAAUCUGCGCAGAAACGCCCCCCACAGCAACAGCAGCAGCAACGACCCAGACAACAGCAACAAAAACAACAACGACAACAGCAACAACAACGACAACAGAAACAACCAAAGAUGCGCCAACAGCAGCAGAAGGUCCAGCAACAACAGCAGCAUCAGCAGCACAGAAGGCCGUCGCUCCGACGGUUUCGAAGGGCCCCACCCGGCGUGGAGGUCAGCCCCUGCAUCAAGUACACCCUGUUCUUCCUCAACAUGGUCUUCUGGCUACUGGGCGUGUUCCUGUUGGGGUUCGGAAUUUGGGGCGUGGUCUCGAAGGCGUUGGCCAGUGUCGAGGCAAUUGCAGAGGUGGCCGGCAUCGGCUUCGACCCGAUGUAUGGCUUCAUCAUCGUCGGCGCCGUCAUCUUCAUCUUGGCUACCAGUGGCUGCAUCGGAGCUCUCCGAGAGAACACCUGCAUGCUCAAGUUCUUCGCCUACACCCUCAUUCUCAUCUUCCUAGCCGAGAUCACCAUCGGUGUGCUGGCUUACUUCUAUCAGGACAAAGUGUUCGCCAUUCUGGAGGGCUGGAUCAACAGCUCCAUCAGAGAUUACUAUGACGACCCAGACACGCAAUUUAUACUCGACGGAUUGCAAGAGAACCUUCAGUGUUGCGGUUCAGCCAACGGGCCUGCUGAUUGGGAGAAAAACAUAUAUUUCAACUGCAGCUCACCGGCUCGAUCCAAGUGCAGCGUGCCUUACUCCUGUUGUCAGGCAGACCCGGUGGCCGACGUGGUCAACUAUCAGUGUGGCUACGGGGCCCUGGAGCCCCGCGAACCGAGCCAGCCCCGGCCGGACGUCUACUUCACCGGCUGCGUGAACGCCAUGAAGGACUGGUUCAUUAGCAACGCUAUCGUGCUGGGCGUGGCUGGUGGUGUACUCAUCAUUAUGGAGUGUCUGGUCAUUUGCCUAGCCAAGUCGCUGGUCAACGACAUCGAGUGCGUCAAAUCGUACUGGUAGUUCAUCGACCACCAAUUCUGUAGAUGCUCUCCAACAUUCACUUAAAUAUGAAGACUUCAAGUAGCACGCAAAGCAUGGAUGUGCAGGUUUAUAUUUUCACCGUAGUGGUAAGUAAUGGACAAAGACACCAUACGGUAUUGACGUUAAUUCCACAUUUUUUUGCAUAGCGUGGUCAUCAGUUAACAGUGUCAGAAAAGGCACACACAGGCUUCCAGUUUGUUUCCAUCGAUUGUUGCCUAUAUUUCCUGUGAUCAACCCAAAGACCUCGGAACGUCAACCUGGGAUGCUAAGGGAAAAUCAGCUCACAACGCGGUCUGUUUGUAGUCGAGUCCAUCACGGAUCAAAUCAGAAGUCGCUAAACGAAUUCCGGUCAUAAAUUACAAGGAGGAGAAAACAAACGGCCUGCUGCAAAUGCACGAGGACUUCAUAUCUUGUGAAUGACCUGUGUAUAGGCUCGUAAGGAUUGGCAAGGACUUGUGAGAACUGAAUUAUACAACACUACUCUCAACACUAACAACUGCUAAUGAGGCACUGACACCCCAAUUGGCGGGUCAGAAUAGACGACAUCAAAGAAUGUGUUUGUUCAUAAUUAAUAAACGUAGCUUGUUUCCCACAAUUACAAAUAAAAAUUAACUAGAGCAAAAUCCAGCACGCUUACUUUGAGAUUAUACAUCAAUUCUGUGCUGAGAUUCUAUUCAUUGUGACCACUAAUCUGUAAAUUUCAUUCAUUGAGACAACAUGUUCACGGUUGACAGUUGCCCGUGUUAUGAUUUAUUACAAAAAUCUUUAUUGUCCAAGAGGAAAUGGUAUCAGCCUGUUGGAGUCGCUGUUCUCAAAAAGGUUUAGCACACGGAGAGAUUGACUAAUUAAUUAGGUAGAUAUUGCACAUUGAAAUCAAGACCAAUGAUUCACUGAAAUAAUAAAUCAACAUGGUGCUCAUUAAUUGCUAGUAAUUAUUGACUGUGAUACCAUUCAUUUGUUUGACAAAUUGUAAAUUAUAUUAUAAAUGAAACCAUUUCAUGGUAUCAUAAAGUAAACAUUUUAGAUCAUAGAGGCCUCAAUAUUUUUGUACUUCUGCUGCAGGGCAGCCCAUGCAUUUUACUCAUUCGUGCUAUUUUCUUGUUUAGCAAAGAAAAUGAAGAUUCGAUAACUUUCUGACUGUUAUGAAGUAAAAUCUUAAAAAAAUAAACAUGUUUUUAAACUUUUCCAAA